CCCCAUGCCGCCUCGGUGUCACCGCUAAAUCAGUCCCCCGUGCUGCCUCGGUGCUACACACACAGAUGUCCCCCCGAGACGCACCGCCCGCUGUUUAGUUCCGCAUGCAAGCAGUGCCCUCGGAGGGGGCCCCCCCGGUCCUGUGGGGCGGGGGGGGGAUCGUGUCCAGCUGUGGGGGUGCGGGGGAAUCUGAUCCUGCUGGGGGGGUGGGGAUCGUGCCCAGCUGCGGGGCGGCACCCACAGCCCCAUUUAAGCCCGCCCGCAGCCCCUCACAUGAUGGGAGUGUGACUGGGGUUUGGGCACGAGGCGAUGGCGCUGAGCAGAGCCCGGCUGUCCCAGCCCCACGGGGAGAGCACCCGGCUGCUGCCCCAGGUGUCCAGGCUGGUGGAGCUGCCCUACUCCUCCUGCUCCGAUGACGAUGCUGACGGUGUCUCACUGCCUGGGGACACGGCUGAGCAGGACCCCGGGUUAUGGUGCCCCGUGCCCCCCAAACCCAGCACCUUCAGCUGCUGUGUGCGCUACCUGGCCUUCCUCUGGAACCUCCUCUUCCUCCUGCUGGGGCUGCUGCUCCUGGCUGUGGGGGUCUGGGGGCUGCUGGCCAAGGCUGCCCUGCCCGGGGGGGAGCAUGGGGCACCCCUAGGCUCAGACCCCAUGCUGCUCUUCGUGCUGGGGGGGCUGGGGGCCAGUGCCGUGUCCCUGGCCGGCUGCCUGGGCGCCCUCCGUGCCAGCCCCUGCCUGCUCCGCUUCUUCCUGGGGGCCCUGCUGGCUUUUGCGGGGCUGGAGGUGCUGGGGGGGCUCCUGGUGCUGCUGGCGCGGCGGCGGCUGCGGGACGGGCUGCGGGACCUGCUGCUGCUCUGCCUCCUGCGCUACCAGGAGGACCCCGACCUGCAGUUCCUGGUGGAUGAGGUGCAGAGGAGCCUCCAGUGCUGCGGCCUCAGGUCCUACCGCGACUGGGAGAGCAACCCGUACUUCAACUGCAGCGCCCCGGGGGUGCAGGCGUGCGGCGUGCCGGCCUCAUGCUGCCAGGACCCUCUGGACAGCGGCUCCGUGCCCAAUGCCCAGUGUGGCUUCGGGGUGCUGGCGCUGGGGGCGGCGGCGGCGGGCGCCGUGGUGCACGUGGGGGGCUGCGGGGCCGCGCUGGGCGCGUGGCUGAGGGGCCAGGCCGGGGCCAUCGCCGCCGGCGCCGCCGCCCUGGUGCUGGUGGAGGCCGUGGGUGCCCUCAUGGCACUGAGGGUGCUCAGGGAUGUGGCGGCUUUCCGGGUGUGGGGAUGAUGGGUAGGGGAUGCAG